CCAUAAUGGAGGAAACCAUGCGGGACCUCGGACUGAAGGUGCACGUCAUAGAGAGCGAUACCGCCACUCUGGAGGGCGGUGACGUCAUCUUUACAGGAAAGGAGAUAUUCUGCGGCGACUCUGUAUCCACCAACGAGGAGGGUUUCACGAUCCUGAAGGAGACUUUCCCCGACUACCCGUGCCACUCCGUAUUUGUGGAGUAUCCGGAGUUCCACCUGAAGGGUUUCCUGGCUGUGGCUGCACCGGGAGUGAUGGCUGUGUGCGAUAACACGUGGGGCAGACCUGGAUGGGAGGUCAGUAUCAGUUGUGUCACGGUGUAG